UUCCGUUCCCUUUCCUUUCCUUUCCUUUCCUUUCCUUUCCUUUCCACGAGCUAUGCGCUGUUCUCGUCGGUGUUUCUCUCGAUGCUCCUCGACACUCCUCGUGUCUCUAGUACUGGUGUAAACGGCGUAAAGCUGCGUUAUUUCUUCGCUUUCCUUUCCCUGCCCUGUUCGUCUGGCUCGUAAGCGGCAAAUAGAGAAAGGAGGUAAGGUUUCAAAGGGAAAAAAGAGAAAGAAAAAGGAGGUAAUAAGCAGUCGUAGGAAAAAGGAACAUAAAAACGACGAGUGUUGGAAUCAUCGGAACGGUAUCCUCGGAGUGAGCUCCAACGAGCGAAAGAGGCACGAGAGGUGGCGUAGCAAGAUGGCGCAUAAUUUGGCACCAAGCGUCAACUGCUCGCUCGACGACAUUGAUCUGAACGCUCUGAAGGAACCUGCUGGGAUCUUUGAGCUGAUAGAAGUCGUUGGCAAUGGAACGUAUGGUCAAGUUUACAAAGUGAGUAUUUCGUUCUGCAAUUUGCAUCAAGUUUGAUGUUACAUCG